CCGUGCGGGCUGACUUGACUGUGUUUUUCGAAGUGGAGGCUGGCUUGACCGCAGUGAGAGGAGGGGGGUGGCGCCUCGCGGCCGCUGACUCGUCCGAGGUUCGCAUGUGAGGUGUAGCAGCAGAGUCUCGUGUCCCGGUCACUCGGUGAAGGCGGACAUGGAGCUGGGAUCGACGGUCGUGGCUGUGAGGAGUGAGCGGGUGCUGCUCGGUGACCGAGUCCGCCCUGCUGUCAUCGUGGUCAAGGAUGGGAAGAUCCAUCAAAUCCUCUCGGACAGCGACUUCUCCGGAGGUGAGGUGUUGGACGUGGGCGACAGCGUGGUGAUGCCCGGCAUCGUGGACUGCCAUGUGCACGUGAACGAACCAGGCCGAGUCUCCUGGGAGGGCUUCUGGACCGCCACCAGGGCUGCUGCAGCCGGAGGGGUGACCACCAUUGUGGACAUGCCGCUAAACAGCAUUCCUCCAACUACCACAGUUGGACAUUUCCAGGAGAAGCUGCUUGAGGCCACAGGGAAGUGUUUUGUGGACACGGCCUUCUGGGGAGGCGUGAUUCCUGGUAAUCAGCUGGAGCUUCGGCCCAUGAUCCAGGCCGGAGUGGCGGGCUUCAAGUGUUUCCUCAUCCACAGCGGGGUGGAGGAGUUCCCGCACGUGACGGAGCGGGAUCUGCACGCAGCCAUGACGCAGCUGCAAGGCACGGCGAGUGUCCUGCUGUUUCACGCAGAGAAGGACGUUCAGCAGACACCACCAGAGAAUGGCGACCCUUGUCAGUACUCCACCUUUCUGCAGUCCAGACCCGAUGUCAUGGAGAUAGAGGCCAUUCGCACCGUCACAGAGCUCUGCCUCCAGUACCAGGUGCGGUGCCACAUCGUCCACUUGUCCUCUGCCGGGCCACUGGAGCUGAUCCAGCAGGCGCGGCGGGCCGGAGCCCCCCUGACGGUGGAGACCACCCACCACUACCUCAGCCUGUGUGCGGAGGACAUACCGGUGGGGGCCACACAAUUCAAGUGCUGCCCCCCCAUUAGAGGAUCUGCCAACCAGGAGCAGUUGUGGUCCGCGCUGAAAGCCGGGCAGAUCGACAUGGUGGUGUCGGAUCACUCACCCUGCACCCCAGACCUGAAGAAGCUGGAUAACGGAGACUUCACUGAGGCGUGGGGGGGCAUUUCUUCUCUUCAGUUUGGGUUGCCUCUGUUCUGGAGCUCAGCCAGUAAGAGAGGCUUUCAGCUGUCCGAUGUGGCGAGACUCCUCAGCCGGGAAACGGCCCAGCUGAGUGGCCUCGACAGCCACAAGGGCAGCCUGGCCCCCGGCCACGACGCCGACUUGGUCGUAUGGGACCCAGAGAGAGAAUUUGAGAUUAAAGAAGCAAGCAUACAUCAUAAAAACAAGCUAACUCCUUACCUCGGCGUCACACUGCGAGGAGUGGUGUGUGCCACCAUAGUCAGGGGGCAGCUGGUGUACAGAGAGGGCUCCUUCUGCCCCAAGCCUCUGGGGAAGCUUCUCCUCAUCCCUCCGAGGAGAAGUCAAGUCCAACUGUAAAACAAUACCAACGAGCUGGAAUAAACCUCCACAUAUCCAAGUCAUUGUGACCAUGAUGUUUUCGUAAUCUCUCUCGCAACAGGGCCUUCUUUUUCAGGCCUCAGACAAGCUUGGCACGCUCAUUCAUACCAAUGUUGGAUUAUCUGUAAUUAUCUGGAUUUGCAAAAGAAAAUAGGACUCACUUCCUUCAGAGCACACAAUGCGUUUUCUGAAAAAGAGUUCCAUCUUUGGCUUCGAGGUAUGUGAGAUGUAACAUAAUUCAGGAAAAACACCUUCUAAUUUCAAUAAAAGCUUUCAAUGGAG